UGCCGUUUCCAAGGUCUGUUGGGCUCUGUGCAAGGGACACCCGUUCUGGUCAGGUUGCCCAGGAGGCGCACGCAUACGUUUAAAUCCAAAUACAGGUGCUGCUUUUCCUCACCUCUGCUUCGGUGCCGCUAGCGGCAGGACUCUGUCCGACAUUUAGUACCGCAGCUUUGUCACAAUGACCUAUCGCCAUGCCUCGGGAAGAAAGGUCGUCUGCGCACUCCGACUUUCCGAGUGCAUCUGAACUUUCGGCGAACCGGCCGGGUGACGAUCCAGACGCGGGUUCUCGUGAAAAACGUCGGGUCAAACGUCUCCACAUUAGGAUGAAGAGUUCCGCUCUUCGCGACGAAAGGAAUUUUGUUUGGUGGUCUCCAUUUGCGGCGACCUUCAUCACUGCAGUCUUCUUGACGGUCUUCGGGCGGUUUCUCGGCUGCUGGCGACAGACCCGGGACCUGGAAGGCACCGAUGUGCGUAGACUAAUGGAAGACGAAGCCCUACGUGGUGACAGCACACAAGGAAAUACCCCUGGACGACUGUCAGCUUCGAUUUGCUUGGAUGAAGGGACGAUAUCGCAGCAUGGCGCCGGGCAACCUAGGCAAAGGACCAAACACGCUGAGAUUCCUCCUACACAGCCAUCUAGCAUCGCCAGUCUUAGCACCGUGCCUCCUAGGGAAGCGCCGGUGGCGGAUGACGCCGUGAGCGAUCUUGCUGAUUUGUUGGGGGACAUGUCUAUGGCCACUUCUCGGGCAGGACAGCUCCAUCUGAGGUUGCUUCGUCUCGAGAAAGAGGCUUCGUCCUCCAGCGCACAACAUGCUGUAUUGGAAGAACAGCGUCGGCAAGCGUAUGUCGAGGGCCGGCGUUCGCAUGCGCGUGCAUUAGCAAUGAACAUGCGUACAAUCGCGCGUACCGGUCGUGAGGCUGCUCAAAAGGCAGCAAGGCUGCGAUCCCUGCUUGAGCGCGAACGCAGCAAACGAGAACAGAGACGGGCAAGGGCACGAGCAGGUGUGCUGGCGACUCGGCGAGGCCUGUGGGCUUCGCAGGGGCACAGCCAGUUACGACAGGAGUCCUCUCCGUCAGACUCGGCCGCCGUGGAAACAGACACGGGCUAAGACGAGUUCAGUCACCCAUGCCAAUUCUGAUGCAAAUACAUCGACGGCAGAUCGACACGACGGUGCAAACCAGCAGUCGCGUCGGUGCUGGGAUGCCUAAACACGUACCGGCGACUGGCUGCACAGAAUGGUGGGGCAACGGCUCUUGCCAUAACGUAGAAUAAUACCUGUGCUCGGCGGGGUUUGUUACCCGAGCUGUGUUAGGCAGUCCACUGUACAAAGUUCGGGCGUGUGAACGACAUCGCUGCCCCACCCUAUAGUUCGCUUUUCUGGGGGUGCGUAGGAAACAUUUGCGACCACGAGAUCCAGGUUUGCCUGUAUAACAUCUACCGUUUCAGGGCUAACGUUUAAGAGCUCGCUGCCGCUAAGUGCACGGGCGAACGAAGGGAAAGAACUCGGCGGAGUGGGGACGUUGGCGACAACCCUUAGACGCAAACAGUCGAUAACCGCUGCUGUACUUCUAACAUCGCGGGAUUUGUGGUCGCCGCUAAAUAUUAUUGUAAACUGUUUUAAAUACCGUACGGGAAGUGAAGAAUUGCAUGUGUGGUUGUUGGUGAUAAAACACCGGGUCGCCAGGUUCGGAGGUGGCCGCUGGCGUUGGAUAUCUCUCCUUCAGUACCUGUACGUGUAGAGGAAGGUACGUCACUUGUGGUGAUUGAUGUUCAGGUUCGAUUUUGUAGUUUUUUCAGAUUUUCUUUGUACUUUAUUUGUAUUUUAGAGUGCGAUUUUCUGUUUCGUUUUCGAACGCGGGGUGCCGCGCUCGGAUAUUCCUCUUCUGUGCCACGUUGACUGCGACGGGUCUCAUCGCCACUGUACCAUGUCUGUCAGUUGUCUCGUACAAACUGGGCCCCAGUCCACGGCGCACAACUGUCAAUCAUUUCCUCGUUAACAAAGCUCAUCUACAGUU